GGAUUCUUCAUCUUGCAUUCAAAAACAACGUUUUAGCAUCAUGUCCAUUCAACAGGAUUCGGAAUAUAGUCGUAAAGCAUCAUCACAACUAGUUGGUGAUAGUAAUCCUUCUUCCACUGGUAUUAGUGAAGCCCAAACAAAUGAUAGACUGGAGUUACGAAAGAAAGAAUUACGGUCCAUGGUCGGGGAAAAAUAUACGGAUUUGAUAGCGGCUGCAGAUACUAUUAUCAACAUGGACAAAAGGGCAAAGAUCAUACAGCGAAACUUUGAACGGAUGCAAGAUUCCUGUGAUGUUUACGCGAUCCAACGUCAGGCCACCAAAGUACAAGACCUUGAAACAAAUGGACAAGAUCCUCAAGAUCAAAAGCGACGACAGUUAUAUGUAUUAGCUGCCAUGAUCAAGUCUUUAGCUGAUGUACCCGAACAGAUAUGGCAUGCUCUUGAAGGACACCAUUAUUUACAAGCUGGUUCUUUGUACAUUCUGGCACAAAAAGUUCAUGAUUAUCUUGAAACGGAAGACUCAUUUCUCGUGGAUAUUGAUAUUGCUUUUCCAGUAAUACAACGACAAUGGGAUGCCAUCAGCUUCUUUAGACCUCAGAUCAUUCAAAAAUCAGUUCAUCAUCUACGUGCAUUUGUGUUAGACUCGGAAGAUGUGGCGAAAAUACUUGUUGGAUUAAUGUUAAUGGAUGGAAUGACAAUGAAAACAACUAUUGAGACUCUAUUGGAUAUGCGGAAACGGGUGAUUAGUGACUUGAUACAGCAAUCCAUCAAAGAAAAGUCUGAUUUCGCAGAUCAAAAGCUCUCUCGUCAACUACGCGAGAUUGCUCUCCUUAUUCGAAGAACUUUGGUUCAUAUACAUGACAUUUAUCUACCUUUUUCGACUUCUCAUCAAAGUUUAUUGUCUGAUUAUGUGGAACAAAUGCAGACGACUUUUACGAUACCCAACUAUAGCAGCAAUAGCAAUAAUCAUAACAACAGUAACGAAAUUUCACAACAACAACAACCUGAUCUGUCUACAUCCAGUAACUCAAUCAAGGCAACAUCAUCCACAUCAUCCUUGGCCAUCACCAGACUCUUCUCCCCAAGUGCCAAUGCACAUCUUUUGAUUCGUUAUUUACCACCAGCUAUUCAACAAUAUACUCCCACCUUCAAUAUGGACGAUCAAUUAACAACAGAUGCGAUUUCGGCAAUGACACGACAAUGGUUGGAUGAUGUGAAAGAAGAACUGGAGAUGCAUUUGGAAACAAUUUUACAACCUGUCACUACCACGGAAAAAUUACUAGAUAUACGUGCUCGACUUUGGGAUCUUCUACGUGACGAUGAAUAUGGAAAUGGAAAAACAUUUUGGUCAAAGGUAUGUCAGGACUUACUGAGUGGGCAACAUUAUUCUAUUUUUGGUACCUUGUUCCGAAAUUGUUUCAAUGGUCAUGCAAGAUAUAUCGUGCAUGUUGGCUGUCAAGCUAUUGUAGAUCAACCUAGCAAGAUUAUUUGGCCAAUGAUUGAAGAUAGUAUCCAUACGCCAGCGAAAAAAGGAUUCCAGUUGGCGCCAGCAAUAUGGCCAAACAUGCAUAGUACGCUAAACAGUGAUCUUCAACAAAAUGAGACGGCGUUCAGUUUACCCAAUCAAUCAUCAUCCAGUGCUAUUUUGGCAUUCAAAGAAUCAUUGACCAAGGCGUCGACUGAACAAACACCACUUUUAUGUGAAAUGCAAAGAAACUAUGACAAGGCAUGGGCUGAACUACGUCUGGAUGUGGGUGCUCAUCUUUGUUAUGCUGAUCAAGAUGACCACUUUUAUUCUAAAACAGAUGCAGAUGCUAUCAAGAGCUAUUUUCAAGAUGAAUGUGUUCAAGCCAAUGUGUUAUACAUUGCUGGACUGAAUGAUAUUUUAGGCAAACUAAAGUCUCACCAAAAGAAUGGACCUGAAUUGUCGAUAUGGGUUGGACGCUUGGCUCGAUUGAUAUGUGAAGAAUCUAAAGAAUUACCUCGCUCCUUGGCAUUCUCCAUGAUGACAACAGAACAAGAUGACAAUACCCUAGAAUUGAAAAGUGGAGUUGGCAAAGAUCCUAUAUACCAACAAACACAAGAACGUUUUUACGCUAUUUAUCGCUCAGCAUAUGAAGAAUGGAUAGAAUUAAUCUGCAAUCAGUUUGAACAACAAUUGUCUUUGAUAUGGAAUUCAACUAUAUGGGAUGAUCGUUGUCCUUCGAUAUCAACAUGGGAACAUAUGGGUAAUGCAGAUGACAAGGACAAUCAAGAGGAUAUUGUGUUACCAACAAUGGCUACCAUCGCAAUCGAACGAGCCAUUUUUUAUGUUUGUGAACAAGUACAAAAUAUACAUAGCACUAGACUAGAUAAGCUUAUAUUACAAACAUUAUGCCAAGGUUUGCAUGGGAAACUUAUCAAGACAUUGGAAGCAUUUUUAGACAAGGACACGAUUGUCUUGACUGAAAAGGGUGCUCUUCAACUUUUAUUCGAUGUUUGCUUUUUGGAUCGUGUCUUACAAGAUCAUAUGUGUUCUGUGGCUUCUUUAUCAUUUGUCUCGAAAAUCAAAGAAAAGAUUGAUCCCAUCAACUGGGCUGUGUAUGAAUCUUCUUAUGAUGGCAAUGUUGAACGAUUCUAUCUAAAACAAAGUCUGCUAUUGGGCGUUUUGGUCAGAACAAAUAGUGAUACUUUCCAAAGGACGCGCAAAGCAAUGACAAACAAUCAACAACACUACAAUGUAUUACCUGUGGCAAAACAGAUAUCACGGUUUACAUUAUUACCUAUUGGGCAUGGAACUAGUAUUAGAACCCGAUGAUUAGCUCUAGUUGCAAUUAGAACAUAUUUUGAAAUAAACAAAAUGAAAUAGGAAUGACAGAGAUAUAUAAAUAAAUCCAAGUCUUC